CACCACUUCCCCACCACAAAAACAUCCCUCCAUUAAUCACACAGCUCAUUCCAACUCCAACAAUGGCUGCUUCCACAAUGGCUCUUUCUUCUCCAUCACUGGCUGGUAAGGCCGUGAAGCUCUCCCCCAACACCCCUGACAUUCAGGGCAAUGCAAGAGUCAGCAUGAGGAAGACCGCCAGCAAGUCAGUUUCCUCUGGCAGCCCAUGGUACGGCCCCGACCGUGUCAAGUACUUGGGCCCAUUCUCCGGCGAGCCACCGUCCUACCUCACCGGAGAGUUCCCCGGUGACUACGGCUGGGACACUGCUGGACUUUCAGCCGACCCCGAGACCUUCGCCAAGAACCGUGAGCUCGAAGUGAUCCACUCCAGAUGGGCCAUGCUCGGAGCUUUGGGCUGUGUGUUCCCCGAGCUUCUGUCCCGCAAUGGCGUGAAGUUCGGCGAGGCUGUUUGGUUCAAGGCUGGAUCUCAGAUCUUCAGCGAGGGAGGCCUCGACUACUUGGGCAACCCCAGCUUGAUCCACGCACAGAGCAUUUUGGCCAUCUGGGCCACCCAGGUCGUGUUGAUGGGCGCCGUCGAGGGCUACCGUAUUGCCGGAGGCCCACUCGGGGAGGUCGUCGACCCCAUCUACCCAGGUGGAAGCUUCGACCCGUUGGGUCUUGCUGACGACCCAGAGGCCUUCGCUGAAUUGAAGGUUAAGGAGCUAAAGAAUGGAAGGCUCGCCAUGUUCUCCAUGUUUGGAUUCUUCGUUCAGGCCAUUGUCACCGGAAAGGGUCCUUUGGAAAACCUGGCUGACCACCUUGCCGACCCAGUCAACAACAAUGCAUGGGCCUACGCCACAAACUUUGUCCCUGGAAAGUGAGAGAAAUAUGUAAAAAAAGAGAGUUCAUUAUUGGUGUACAUUAGUUGAAACUGAAUUAAGUGCUUUUGUGUGAAAUUUUGUGCUGCU